AUGGAAACAGCAGAUACCAGUGAGCUUUAAAGACCUACACACACACAAACACGCACACUCCCAAUUGCCAACAGCUGCUGAGUUGCCCUACAGUGAUGGAACAUUUUCGGUUUGAGGGUAGAGGAAACGAAGUUCAGGCUAACCUUCCCCAUUUCAAACUCAGUUGGUCCGAGCUAGGCUAACCCUGUUGGUGACACCAUUGAGAACAGAUAACAGUAACCAUUCAAACUCAGUUGGUCCGAGCUAGGCUAACCCUGUUGGUAACACCAUAGAGAACAGAUAACAGUAACCAUUCAAACUCAGUUGGUCCGAGCUAGGCUAACCCUGUUGGUAACACCAUAGAGAACAGAUAACAGUAACCAUUCAGGCUCAGUUGGUCCGAGCUAGGCUAACCCUGUUGGUAACACCAUAGAUAACAGAUAACAGUAACCAUUCAGGCUCAGUUGGUCCGAGCUAGGCUAACCCUGUUGGUAACACCAUAGAUAACAGAUAACAGUAACCAUUCAGGCUCAGUUGGUCCGAGCUAGGCUAACCCUGUUGGUAACACCAUAGAUAACAGAUAACAGUAACCAUUCAGGCUCAGUUGGUCCGAGCUAGGCUAACCCUGUUGGUAACACCAUAGAGAACAGAUAACAGUAACCAUUCAAGCUCAGUUGGUCCGAGCUAGGCUAACCCUGUUGGUAACACCAUAGAGAACAGAUAACAGUAACCAUUCAAACUCAGUUGGUCCGAGCUAGGCUAACCCUGUUGGUAACACCAUAGAUAACAGAUAACAGUAACCAUUCAGGCUCAGUUGGUCCGAGCUAGGCUAACCCUGUUGGUAACACCAUAGAUAACAGAUAACAGUAACCAUUCAAGCUCAGUUGGUCCGAGCUAGGCUAACCCUGUUGGUAACACCAUAGAUAACAGAUAACAGUAACCAUUCAGGCUCAGUUGGUCCGAGCUAGGCUAACCCUGUUGGUAACACCAUAGAUAACAGAUAACAGUAACCAUUCAGGCUCAGUUGGUCCGAGCUAGGCUAACCCUGUUGGUAACACCAUAGAUAACAGAUAACAGUAACCAUUCAGGCUCAGUUGGUCCGAGCUAGGCUAACCCUGUUGGUAACACCAUAGAUAACAGAUAACAGUAACCAUUCAGGCUCAGUUGGUCCGAGCUAGGCUAACCCUGUUGGUAACACCAUAGAUAACAGAUAACAGUAACCAUUCAAACUCAGUUGGUCCGAGCUAGGCUAACCCUGUUGGUAACACCAUAGAGAACAGAUAACAGUAACCAUUCAGGCUCAGUUGGUCCGAGCUAGGCUAACCCUGUUGGUAACACCAUAGAGAACAGAUAACAGUAACCAUUCAAACUCAGUUGGUCCGAGCUAGGCUAACCCUGUUGGUAACACCAUAGAGAACAGAUAACAGUAACCAUUCAGGCUCAGUUGGUUUUAAGCAAUUUGGUAAUUUAUUACCACAACACUGAUGUAACUGUAACCAUUCGCUGAUUGAGUCAUUUUCACAGUGUGUGCAUUGUCUUACGUUAGCACGAUGAUUACUCCCUCUGCACUGGUCGGUUGAGGGAAUAGGGUAGCACAGGAGGGACCCCACCUGUAGGAAGACAACGCAGUGUGUGUUCAUGAUGAUAAUGAUACGAACCAUGGUAAUGAUCAUGAUCAAUAUUAAUCAGGGUAGCAUUAGUUCAGGUUGCGACCUUGUUUAGCCUACAGGCUAUUGAGUUCACUGAAUAGGCGCUGUCCAACUGGAAAGCCAGUUUGACAGCGUAAAGCACUCUAGGCUUACAUUAUUGAUAACCUCUCUCUUUCUCUCGCUCUCUCUUUCUCUCUCUCUCCCUCAAUCUCCUGGCGGGCAAAACUGGUCUAAACCGUUUAAAAAUUACGUUAUAAUUAUGUCAUUUCAACCAGUUUUUCCUGCUUGUCUCUCUCUGUCUCUCUCGCUCUCUCUCUCUCUUUCUCAUUGGCAGUAUCGUCUGCACUGCAGGCCACUCUCCUGUGACUACUCUACUGACCUAGUCUCAGACCCUCAACGUAACAUUAUCUUCAUGUUAGAGACCGCUCUUCGGCCCUUUGUUUAAAAAGUCUGCAUGAUAAUACAUAAUACAUGUACAGUAUAAUACAAGAGGAUCAGGGCUGGGGAGUAACUGAUUACAUGUAAUCCGCUACAUGUAAUCUGUUACGUGUAAUCAGUUACGUGUAAUCAGCUACAUGUAAUCUGAUUACAACAAAAACUGUAACUGUAAUAAGUUACAUUAUCUGCAAAAAUAUUGUAAUCAGAUUACAGAUACUUUUGAAAAAGUAGAUGAUUACUUCUGGGAUUACUUUUAAAUUCAGAAAGGAUGUUUGCGCCUUUCUUUUUUCUCAAUGGCAUUCAAUUCAGCAUUGAAAAAAGGCGCAGGUUUAAGUUUGUUCGACCUGAGCGAGGCCUAUGAUGAGCCCUAUGAUGAGCCCUAUGAUGAGCCCUAUGAUGAGCACUAUGAUGAGCCCUAUGAUGAGCACUAUGAUGAGCCCUAUGAUGAGCACUAUGAUGAGCACUAUGAUGAGCCCUAUGAUGAGCCCUAUGAUGAGCCCUAUGAUGAGCCCUAUGAUGAGCACUAUGAUGAGCCCUAUGAUGAGCCCUAUGAUGAGCACUAUGAUGAGCCCUAUGAUGAGCACUAUGAUGAGCACUAUGAUGAGCCCUAUGAUGAGCACUAUAAUGAGCCCUAUGACGACACCAAAUGUGUUUGAUGAACCCUUUUCGUCUUCAUCUAAUGCCUUAUAUGAGGAAAGUCAUCCAAAAGUAACUGAAAGUGAUCAGAUCAUUAUGUUACUGAGUUUGGGUAAUCCAAAAGUUACGUUACUGAUUACAAUUUUGGACAGGUAACUAUUAACGGAUUACAUUUAGAAAGUGACCUACCCAACCCUGAAGAGGAUGACUAUACAUGAAUAUGCUCAACUUCGAAACAUAAACAAUCUGGAUGAAUGAGUAUUUGACUGUGAAGAGUCUGUAAACUGACAAGUCAAUUAAUAGACGUUUACAGGGGAAGUUACUGCUAAAUUACUUAUCUUCAGGUUGGCGUGGGUGCAUGAUAAUCUAGGUGUACUGUCUUUCAGCAGCUCUUGUACCAGGUUGUCGACCCUACCCUUAUCAGAUGAGUUGACAAGAAUCCUACCCUUAUCAGAUGAGUUGACAAGAGUCCUACCCUUAUCAGAUGAGUUGACAACAACUCUACCCUUAUCAGAUGAGUUGACAACAACCCUACGCUUAUCAGAUGAGUUGACAACAACCCUACGCUUAUCAGAUGAGUUGACAACAAUCCUACCCAUAUCAGAUGAGUUGACAACAACCCUACCCAUAUCAGAUGAGUUGACAACAACCCUACCCUUAUCAGAUGAGUUGACAACAACUCUACCCUUAUCAGAUGAGUUGACAACAACCCUACGCUUAUCAGAUGAGUUGACAACAACCCUACGCUUAUCAGAUGAGUUGACAACAAUCCUACCCAUAUCAGAUGAGUUUACAACAACCCUACCCAUAUCAGAUGAGUUGACAACACCCCUACCCAUAUCAGAUGAGUUGACAACCCCCUACCCAUAUCAGAUGAGUUGACAACCCCCUACCCAUAUCAGAUGAGUUGACAACAUUCCUACCCAUAUCAGAUGUGUUGACAACACACCUACACAUAUCAGAUGAGUUGACAACAACCCCACCCAUAUCAGAUGAGUUGACAACAACCCCACCCAUAUCAGAUGAGUUGACAACAACCCCACCCAUAUCAGAUGAGUUGACAACACCUCCUACCCAUAUCAGAUGAGUUGACAACCCCCCUACCCAUAUCAAAUCAGUUGAUAACAACCCUACCCAUAUCAGAGGAGUUGACAACAACCCCACCCAUAUCAGAGGAGUUGACAACAACCCCACCCAUAUCAGAGAAGUUGACAACAACCCUACCCAUAUCAGAUGAGUUGACAACAACCCCAACAAUAUCAGAUGAGUUGACAACCUACCUACCCAUAUCAGAUGAGUUGACAACACACCUACCCAUAUCAGAUGAGUUGACAACAACCCCACCCAUAUCAGAUGAGUUGACAACAACCCUACCCAUAUCAGAUGAGUUGACAACAACCCUACCCAUAUCAGAUGAGUUGACAACAACCCUACCCAUAUCAGAGGAGUUGACAACAACCCUACCAUAUCAGAUGAGUUGACAACAACCCCAGCCAUAUCAGAUGAGGUGACAACCUACCUACCCAUAUCAGAUGAGUUGACAACAACCCUCUCUUAUCAGAUGAGUCGACAACAACCCCACCGAUAUCAGAUGAGUCGACAACAACCCCACCGAUAUCAGAUGAGUCGACAACAACCCCACCCAUAUCAGAUGAGUCGACAACAACCCCACCCAUAUCAGAUGAGUCGACAACAACCCCACCCAUAUCAGAUGAGUUGACAACAACCCCACCCAUAUCAGAUGAGGUGACAACCUACCUACCCAUAUCAGAUGAGUUGACAACCUUACCCAUAUCAGAUGAGUUGACAACAACCCCACUGAUAUCAGAUGAGUCGACAACAACCCCACCCAUAUCAGAUGAGUUGACAACAACCCCACCCAUAUCAGAUGAGUUGACAACAACCCCACCCAUAUCAGAUGAGUUGACAACAACCCCACCCAUAUCAGAUGAGUCGACAACAACCCCACCCAUAUCAGAUGAGUCGACAACAACCCCACCCAUAUCAGAUGAGUCGACAACAACCCCACCCAUAUCAGAUGAGUCGACAACAACCCCACCCAUAUCAGAUGAGCUGACAACAACCCCAACCAUAUCAGAUGAGUUGACAACAACCCCAACCAUAUCAGAUGAGUUGACAACACCCCCAACCAUAUCAGAUGAGUUGACAACACACCUACCCAUAGCAAAUGAGUUGACAACAACCCCACCCAUAUCAGAUGAGUUGACAACAACCCUACCCAUAUCAGAUGAGUUGACAACAACCCUACCCAUAUCAGAUGAGUUGACAACAACCCUACCCAUAUCAGAUGAGUUGACAACAACCCCACCCAUAUCAGAUGAGGUGACAACCUACCUACCCAUAUCAGAUGAGUUGACAACCUUACCCAUAUCAGAUGAGUUGACAACAACCCCACUGAUAUCAGAUGAGUCGACAACAACCCCACCCAUAUCAGAUGAGUUGACAACAACCCCACCCAUAUCAGAUGAGUUGACAACAACCCCACCCAUAUCAGAUGAGUUGACAACAACCCCACCCAUAUCAGAUGAGUUGACAACAACCCCACCCAUAUCAGAUGAGUUGACAACAACCCCACCCAUAUCAGAUGAGUUGACAACAACCCCACCCAUAUCAGAUGAGUCGACAACAACCCCACCCAUAUCAGAUGAGUUGACAAGUUCACUUCCAUCCAAGCAUGUGGCAUAUGUGGCCAUGAUGUCAUAUAAUGCCUUCAAUUACUUUAGUACCUCUUGUCUUGACAGGUUUCUCUUCCCUUCUUUCAUCUGA